AUGCUUGCAGAACGAGAAAUGCAAAUAAGUCCGAUUGUGCAAGAGUCUGUGAUACACAAUACAAAGACUCUCGCAACUCUCCACAAUCUCACAGCCUCCCUCUUUGGUGUCGCCGCUGGUAUCCUCGGUCUUGAAUCCUACCCUGGAUUCCUGUUCUACAUCUUCUUUACGCUCCUCACUAGUGCACUCGUAUAUGUAUUUCGGAUAGCUCCGCACAUGAGUAAAGAUACCAAGGGAGAUCGAUAUUUUAGAGGCGCGUGGGAGUUUUGGUCGGGAGGGUUAGUAGAGGGUCUGAGUGGAUUUGUGUUGACCUGGACUUUAUUCUAUGGAUUGGUUAGGGCGUAAUGGUAGAGAGUGGGUCAAUGUGGCAGGGGGAGUUUGGGAAUACAGUGAGAUCUUUAUGGGAUAGGCUAAAGUGCUGGAUGGACAUGAGAAACAUCUAAAUCUGAGAGGAUUCAAUCUCGGAAAAUCAAUCGACUAUCCUACAUCCAACAAUCUUCGGACACGAACGUCGAAUAAAGGAUGUGGGGAAUGGGAAUGGCCAAUAAAUCACAAGCGCAAGCGAGAGGGAUCCGUGCAAUAAUAGGAAUGGAAAGAUAGGUGUGGUGAUGACUGGAAGGAAUACGGAAGAUUGCGCUUCUUGAAUAUCGGCGCGGAUGGAUUUCCCUCGUCGCGACAAUCAUCAACAAGUAUGGCGCUUGGAGUUGGACUGGUUUAAAUUCGACAUGCUUGAUGUUUAUAUUCCCAAAUGGUGGUUAUGUCUAUGUGUCCAUAUACAGUAUUGCGGAAUACUAGAGUUUGUAUCACGGAUAUAGAUUUGAAUUAUUCCUUUUGCAUGUGUUAAUGAGAGUAAGUGUUGGCAAUAUGGUAGGACAUGAAUUUCUUCGUUAUUUUUCUUUUGUUGCUGUUAGCAAUGCUAUUCAGUAUACUAGUCCAGUCAGGUUUUCUGUUCGAUUGUCUACAAAUGCUCCAGAAAAGUACUGGGUCGCAUCGAAUUUCAUUACUGGAAAUAUGGAGGAGAGAUAGUGAUACUUGCCAAAUCUUUCAAAACACAAAACACGCUUCUAUACCCAUCCUUUCUUGUAAACUUUCUUGCAUUUGAACUAUCGAAUUUCCUUUCUAUAACCUGAAUUUCGUUACGUAUGGUAAGAAUAUUACUUGU